GCACAAAUAGCUUCAGUAGCAACACACUAACAGAUGGAAGCAGUUUAACACAAUAACCUGAAACAUAGUUCGGUUUUGUAAUUUUUCAAUUUCAUAAUUUCAAUUACAUUCGAUUGCUAACAAGUAUUUACAAUCAUGACGUCCAUUGUGGGCUAUGUCCCGCAAGCUGGGCUUGAUGGCGCUGUGCCUAUAUGGCUGAAAUUUGAUUGGAGCGAGGAAAUCGAACAUGAUAUUUAUAGAGAUUGGGGCACAUACUACUUUAAUAGACGCCGAGAGAACAUCGCUUUAUAUUAUUAUACGAAGGCACUGGAUAUGAACAACUAUGAUUAUGUGACGCUCUAUCGACGCAGUCAGGUGCAACGAAAGGCCGCACGAAUCGAACAGGCUUUGACCGAUGCUCGAUUGGCUGCUAAAAUCGGCAUGGGGGCGCGUGGUCCAAAUUGUCCCAUCAAUUUGCAAAUUUGCGAUGCGUUGUUCGAGCUCAACCAGUUCGAGAACAGUGCAUGUGAGCUGCACGAUAAUAUCCGACGUUUUAUUGGCGUCAAGGCCAAGCACUUUCAAACGCGAGUCAUGGUGGUAAACGAUGUUAUUGAAGAUGUCACGGGCAAAUCCAUGUCCUUGUUCUUUUUAAAACAUCAAAAACUCAUUCAACGUGUGCGAGAGAUCAACAAGGCGAAAGAGUUCGUUGACACGCGCCCCAUGUGGAAGAUAUUGAGAGAUCAGCAUAAAUGCGAUGUGCUCAGUAUACCCGAGACUAUUGAAGAGAUUUUGUCGCCGCUUGAAGUGUCGCGCAGAGCGCGUGCAUUCAAUGUAAUCCAUCAAAACUAUCUGAACGAUUCGUGGUACGACGUUUUAUUCAUGAAGAAUCUACGAAACAAUCCGAGCUUGCUUCUAGAUCAAUGCAAGCGUUCAAAAUCCUUCUUGCGAACACUUGCCUUCAAGCAGUAUGAUAUUAUAAGGCAGUUCAUCAAAAUGCUGCAAUGCCGCAGUCCUCAGUAUUAUGUGAGCUUCCUCAAGUUCCCCGACAAGAAGAUGUUGGAAAAGAGUAGAGAGGCGUAUCUGUUCCGAGUACAAUAUCAAACGCAUCGCAAUAUGAUUCAUGAUCUCAAACAUAUACGACGACUGCGUAAAGCCAAGGACGUCAAGGAGCUUUCCUCCUAUGUUGAGAAAGUGAUGGGCGAUUACUAUGUGACGAAAACAAAUCGUGUCAUGUGUUGGAAAUUUGAGUUCCAUAAUGAGGUAUAUAAUAACUUAGCUUUGGCCCUUUGUGAACAGUAUCGCGUGCCCAAGAACUUUAGAAUAUCGUCGAGAGCAAUGUUGCAAUUGCUUUUACUGCCUGUCGAUAAGGUGAAAGAUAUUGUGCCGUUUGUAUUCGGCGACCGAUCGACUUAUCAAGAAGGCGACGAGGAAAGCGAAGGCAGGAAAUGCCGAAAAAUGUUAUCACGCUUGGAGAAACGAAUGAGAUUUUCUAAAUUUUCGAUAGAGAAAUGCUAUCUACUUCAUCAAAUGGCCAGCAUUCAUCUGACCCAACUACAUUACGAUGAAUGCUGUUUCAAUGCACGCAAGGCGGUAAAAGAGAGUCAAAACUGUAACAGCCUCAUAUGGAAGUUCCUAGGCAUUAUUCAAAUGAUAAAGGCAAACACUUUGCAGCAUAAGGUAGAGAGUACGAAAGAGGCCUUAGAAGAGGCUCUGCCAAUUGCCAAGCAGCUCAAGUCUCCGAGCCUCGCCAAAUUCAUAGAUGUUUGUAUGUUAUCUACCGAGGACGAAUACAAUCGUAAGAUCAGCUCAAUAGCCAGUCAAAGGGCCAGCAAGGCGUCAACCAUAUAUUCGGGACAGGAAAUUGAUAUGGAAUAAGAACUAUGCAUAUUUAAAUCCUCAAACAAUUUUUGAAAAGACUUAAGUACUUUAUUAAAAUAAGUAAAUAUCGAGUCCGUAUUAAUUUCAACAUGUUACAAAUAAAUAAAAUAUACACAUUUAAUUAAGUCG